AUGUUUUUCGAUAGAGCAACAAACUUCAAAGGAGUUGGGAUUGGGGAAGUCCUUAUUUCUGAAUCUGGACAAUACUAUGCAGCAUCGACAAAGAUAAGAUUCUCUUGUACCAAUAAUAUGGCCGAAUACGAGGCGUGCAUCCUUGGAAUCAGAAUGGCAGUCAACAUGGACAUCAAAGAACUUUUGGUCAUAGGAGAUUCCGAUUUGUUGAUACACCAAGUCCAAGAAGAAUGGUCCACCAAAACUGCCCAGAUACUACUGUACCUGCAUUGCGUGAAGGAGUUAUGCAGGAAGUUCAUAAAGAUUGAGCUCAAGCACAUCCCCAGAUUUCCGAAGGACUUCGCCGACGCCCUUGCAACCUUACCAUCUAUGAUUCAGCAUCUAGAGAAGAACUAUAUCGACCCUACCAAGGUAGGGAUCAGGGAUCAACACGCCUAUUGCUUCCAUAUGAAUAAAGAGCCAUAUGGUAAACCAUGGUAUCACGACAUCAAGAAAUUCCUUCCGACCCAGGAGUACCCAAAAAAUGCUACUAAUGGUCAGAAGCGAGCCCUCGGGAGGUUAACAAACCACUUUUUCCUCAACAGUGAAGUCUUGUACAGGAGAACCCAGAUUUAG